CUCUUUCAGGCAUGCAUUACACAGCACUAACUAUGAUGUGCUUCAUUUCUCCUUCCUCUUCUUUCUUUUUUCCUUUUAUAAAUCUAAUUCACUGUUCUAUGCAAAAAACGAAAUGAUAGGAGACACACAUAACAGUUCAGCAGAUAUAAUGCAGGAUCUUUAUAAGGAAAUUGAGAAUCUUAUGGAUACUCCUUUCAAACCAUUUUCAUCCCACCAUCAUGCUCCUCUGAACAGUCACUCGGAAGCGGAUGCAUCGGGUCACUCAGUGAUAGAUACUUUCAAAGAAGACCCUGCGGCGAACACAACUGCAGACGUGAGACGGCAGGACACCCCUACAGAAAGCAAUGACGAUCAUGAAAGACCUAUACUGAUCGAAAGCGAUAGUGACGAUAUUGAAGAAGAACUCCUCACACCUGAUCAGCUACAGUAUAGCUUUUUAACGUGUUAUAAAUGUGGUAGAAUCAUUCCGUUUGAUCCUGUGGUGAGCAGCAAUAAUAGGCUUUCCAUCCCAUCCUCGGCAGGGGAAGCGAUAGAAGAAGCAGCCAAUAUUUGCAGUGAAUGUUCGUCAGCAAAGAAAAAAAGAACACGAUCCAGGUCGUUCACAGGCGAUGUCUUUAAUGCUGUCGCCAGUAAACUGAAGCGUUCACUGAGUGGAAAUCAAGACCAGUAUUGCUUGAGCAACAACGGUAGUGCCACAUCCCUUCUGUCCCCCAUGGCUAUACCUCAUUUAAGCCGUAGGAAGAGCAUGCCAACGAUCCAUACUGCUCACGAUCCUCAGCAAUCACAAUCGUGGUUAGAGCCACCUCCUACUCCCACACCCUCCAGACCCAGUAGCAGAGCCUCCUCCCUCAUUGAAGAUUUCAAGCACUUACUAUCGCCAUUGUCUCGAAAGUCGAGUCGAAACUCCAUGUUGUGCGAUGACAGUAACAGCCAUCAUCCAACACCAUUGGAUAGCAAAGCACCCUCUCGAAAGCCUAGCCAUAGCUCCAUAUUGGAUGCUUUCAAUCUCCACAAAGCGAAACAGAAAUCAGAUUCACCUUCCUAUGAGCGACGUUUGAUCAAGCCAUCCCACGAGGAAAUCGAUAGCAGCGACCCUUUGAAUCACCACUGGGACGACACACCGGGUGAGGACCCCUAUCAAGAAUUUCACCCAGACAAGUGUAUGCAUAUACCGCUUCGUAGAAAGCAAGUGAAACAAAUAGCAUCUCGGCAAGAAAGAAUUGACUUGUAUAAUAAUGCCUAUCUGGACUGUAUGCAAGCUGAAACAGAUUUGAUUCCCUGGAUACUGAGCCAGACACAGAAGGGUCCUCCUGAUGCUUGGUUUGGCUAUACUCCUCCACCUAAAGAACCCAAGAAAAUUCUUGGCAUUUUUAAACGUAAAUCUACAUCAACAAAAGCCCAUGGCAGCAGCAGGGCACAACAGCAACAGCAAUUAGGUGAAGAGAUUUCCAAUAGGGCGACACCUCUAUUACAACGGCAUCUCAGUAAUAGCAGUUUCCAUCAUCUGUCGACUUCUCCAGCGGCCCUGUCGUCCAUGUCGGAUCAGCAGCCUCAAGUAGUAGACCAGGGAGAUUCAGCUUAUACAGACGAUCUCCCAGAUGCAGUACAGCAAAAAGAGCAAGUGUUUGAUGAUGACGACGUGGAAGUGCCUGUAGAGACGUUGCAUACAUCAUCCCAUGCUGUCCAACCUGUAUCUAUUCUUAAAAAACCAAAAAUCAAUCAAAGAGAAUCCUUCAUUGCACCCAUCGACAUGUAUGACGAUCAAGCUCUGGGUAUAGAUUAUACGGACAAAAACAUAGUACACCGCACUUAUGCGGAAAUGGAGGAUAUGCCCUAUGACGAUGCCUUCGCGCCAGUCACAGACGAAAUCCAUGUCUACCCACAACAACUGAAAGGUACUUUACAUGGUCACAGGAACAACAGCUUGCUAUCGAGUACACAUGAUCACUUUGUCAAAGAUGACGAACGCGUCUUGAACCGACGCAAGAGUAAUUCUUCGACUUAUGGUAGAAGAAGGAAACAUAGUUCAACACUACACGAUGACACGUAUGAGCAAUGGAUGUACCCAUCGCCCCCCACUUUACAGAGCCGAUAUGAUGAAGAGAACACCCAUCCCUCGGUAACGACAUCGACUGCUCCUCAUUAUCAAACAUCGAUUCACCGCCGCAACUCACGGCUAGAAUACAACAGCAGGUAUCAUGAAAAUAGCAAUGCGGAAGAAAAGAACAGUCAUUAUUUUCCUGCGGACCAUUACGCUCACCACGAACAGAAUGAAACAUCAAAUGCAAACUCUCAUUUUGUGGGUAGAAAAUUGUCUACCACACGUCGGCAUCAACCACAGCCAUAUCACCGUUACCAAGACGAUGCUCCUUACAAACCCAAGAGUAACAGAUCGUCUUACUUUGCAGAAGAAUGGGAAUAUAAUUUGGACGAAUUAUGCGACCUGUUUCCGCGAUUCAGUCGAGACUAUUUGAAUGAAUUUUUGGAAUCUGCUCAAGGUGAUUUCGUAACCGCUGAAAGGAUGAUCCUUGAUAGAGUCAUGGCGUCUUCCAGACGCUAGCAGAAUUUUUGUCCUACUUUAUUUGAAUGCAAAACCAUAUACCGAAUCUUUGUAUUUAUUCUAUCUAUUAUUUUUAUUGUUUCCGUAAUAAAUUAACUGUAAUGGACGCAUGGAAAAAGCAGCUUCGUAGGACGACUUGGCGCUAAGUAACUCUUUAUGUCAAGUUGUACCUUAUUUUUCUAAUUUCCGAAAUAAUCUAUCCUCUCUUUAUCAAUUACGAGUAAAUAAUAAAUGUUUCAUCCAUUGCUGACAUUCCAUCGUUAUUUGGAGUGUUCAUUGUGGUAAAAACGACAGC